AUGUUUGGUUCACUUUUAUGUCUCUCAAAAGAUAACUUUGAAACGGUUAUUUUUGCGACUGUGGCACAGGAUGUUUCAAAAUGGAAGAAAGGAUUCAUUGUUGUUAAUUUCAAAACAGGCCUUAAAGAUGUUUUCAACUCUGGUUCCAGUGAUGUAUACGUGAUGGCUGAAACAACAGCUUUCUUCGAAUCUUACUGCCAUGUCCUUGAAGGCCUACAAGAGAUGGUAACAAAACUACCACUACAAGAUUAUAUCGUCCACUGUAAGACAGAAUUAAAACCGCCUGCUUACUUGUUACCCUCUGGUGGAGUUUGUCAAGUGCCUCUUUACGAUCUAUCAUGUCUAAGAAAAAUCAAACUGAUGUGUACGGUUCCUGUACUAACCACAAGCAAAUGGCCAAGAGCCGAUGAGAUGUGUUUGAAUGAAUCCCAGAGAGAGGCUGCUCAGUUAGCACUGACCAAAGAGUUGGCGAUCAUUCAAGGACCUCCGGGUACAGGGAAAACAUAUGUAGGUCUCAAAGUGAUGCAGGUGUUGUUAGAGAAUAAGCAUAUUGUGACUGGAAGCUGUGACCCUAUCCUUGUCGUCUGCUACACAAAUCAUGCCCUUGACCAGUUCCUGGAAGGGGUUCUGACUUUUUGUCCUGAUGGCGUCGUGCGUGUUGGUGGCCAGAGCAAAUCAGAAAAACUGAAUAAAUUCAACCUGCGAAUUCUAAGGAAAAACUGGAAAAAAGAAAAUUUUCGCAAAAACAGAAAAAAUGUGUUUGACAAACGGAACAUGAAUGAGAUUUCUGACAAAAUAUAUAAACUUAAUGAGACGAUGGAGUUACUGCAAAUAGAUAUCACAACAGAGCAUACUUUACAUAGUCAUAUGAGAGCCAUACAUCGAAAUUCCCUACUUUAUGAAAGUGCCAAAUUAAAGAUUGGAGAAUCCCCAAUACAUGCUUGGCUUACAACUUCCAAUCAGACAACUGAAACAUUACUUUCUCAGAUGGUCAAGCAACAUCUGGUUAUACUUAUUUUGGAAAUGAAAGAAGGGACGAAAUUGCCUAAGCUGUCACAAAGCAUGAACAUAGUUCAGAGAGCAAAUUUCUACUGCUAUCAUUUAAGAAUGUAUGAACAUGGUUACAAGUGCGAAAUGCAACGGCUCUCAGAUCAGAGGCCAACAGAAGUCAAUAGAAACAGAUUGUAUGAAAUCGAAUACUGGCUAAAAAUGGCAGGUACACAAAUACUACCAGACCAUCAGCUACGAUUAUUUUUGCAUGAAGAUGAUUAUAAACAGCUUUGCGAUGUGAAAGAUAGAUGUGAUAACAUGAUUGAAAACUGGCUUCUGAGACCAGAGCGAAGUCUUCAUCAACAGUUGGAUGAUGUUCAGAGGCUUACAAAUGUAAGCGGUCAUCAAAGAGAGGAUCAUGAUUCACUGGGUCCUGAUUAUGUGUUCAUAAAAGAACAAAAUGAUCGCAUGAUUGACGUUGAUUUCAUUCACCGUGACAGAAUUGGCGCUCGUGUAAAAAAUGCUGUCAACAGUUUGACGUCUGCCGUGAAGAGAGCUGAAGCACUUGGCAUUAGAGACGAUGUUUUGCCAGAGAAGGAUUUGGACUCCCAUGAGUGGACAACUGUGUCGAAGGGUAAAUUAAAUUUGAGAGCCAUGCACAGAAGGCUCCGGUUCAUUAAACCAAUGACAGAAGAAGAAGAGGACAAUGUGAAAUCUGUGUGGAAUUUAGAGCUGGAUAAAAGGUUCGCACUGUACAAUUUGUGGGUGCACAGAUACAAACAGGAUCUUACUGAGCAAAUGGAAGAACUUAUCUUCGAAUAUGAAUCUGAACAAGAGAAACAGAAAAAUGUCGAAAAUCAGGAAACAUUAAGUUUGUUACGUGGAGCUAAAAUAAUUGGAAUGACAACUUCUGGAGCCGCCAGACUCAGGGGUGUCCUACAAGCUGUAGGCUGUAGAAUUAUAGUUGUUGAAGAAGCAGCUGAAGUCUUGGAAUCUCACAUUGUGACAUCUCUCAACGAAAACUGCAAACAUCUCAUCUUAAUCGGGGAUCAUCAACAGCUGCGACCCAAUCCAACAGUCUACCAGCUAGCCAAAGACUUUGGUCUUGAAAUCUCCUUGUUUGAGAGGCUCAUUAAGAACAACGUGCCACAUGUAAUGUUGAAAGAGCAGCACAGAAUGCGCCCAGAGAUUUCUCAAAUAGUGCGUCACAUCUACCCAGAUCUUAAAGAUCAUUCAUCUGUUGAAAGGUACGAACACAUUCGUGGCGUAUCAAAGAAUAUUUUCUUUAUUCAACACGAGCAAGAAGAAACACAUUUGGAACACUCAAUGAGCAAAGCAAACACACACGAGGCAAGGUUCCUUGUAGCCUUUUGCAAGUUUCUGUUAAAGCAAGAAUACAGUAAAUCCCAGAUUACAAUCCUAGCAACAUAUUCGGGUCAGGUUUUUGAAAUCAGAAAGGUGAUGAAGGAAGAGAAAAUUGAUCCCCCACUUUUGGUGACAUCCGUUGACAACUAUCAGGGUGAGGAAAAUGAUAUCGUUCUUUUGUCUCUUGUCCGAAGCAAUGAUAAAAAUCAAGUUGGUUUUCUCAAAGUGGACAACAGAGUCUGUGUGGCUUUGUCAAGAGCCAAGAAAGGAUUGUUUGCUAUUGGUAACCUACAACUCUUGUCUGCACAAAGCAAGCUUUGGAAGAAAAUUGUUGAAACAGCCACCAUUGAAGAAACAAUUGGUCGUGGUCUACCAAUAUGCUGUCAUAACCACCCAGAUGUUCACGAAACUGCGAGUUCUGAAAAGGAUUUCCUGAAAUUUCCAGAAGGAGGUUGCGGGCGGCCAUGUGAGUUCCUGCUGACGUGUGGACAUGUUUGCGGCAUGGUGUGUCAUGGGUACGAUCUUAAGCACAUCGUCUACAAAUGCAAGAAGCCGUGCGCUAGAGCGUGCCCCGAUGGACAUCCCUGUAAGCAAAUGUGCUCUGCAAAGUGUGUUUGUCACGUGUUGGUACUAAAGCGUAUUUUGCAUUGUGGCCACAAAGACAAGGUCCCGUGCCACAUCCCAGCAGACAAAGCUGUAUGCUCAUUGACCUGCACUAACGUAUUAGACUGUGGGCAUCCAUGUACUGGGGCUUGCGGUCAAUGUAGGAUUAACCGUGUGCACGAUAAAUGUGUUGCUGAAGUUGAGCACCAGUGGCCAUGCGGACAUAGAGAAAAUGUCCCUUGCUACACAACAAAACUGAAGAACUGCUGCAAGCAGGUUUGUGGAGCAAAACGUGAGUGUGGUCAUGCAUGUGAUGGAGUCUGUGGUCAGUGCUCGUUAAGAGGAAAGCACGAUGAAUGUCAUGUCAAGGUUCAGCACAUAUGGCCAUGUGGUCACAAAGAAACUGUACUUUGUAACACAACUAAGUCCAUCUUUGGCUGUAGGCAGGUUUGUGGGGCAAAUCGUGCUUGUGGCCAUUCAUGUCUUGGAAAAUGUGGUCAAUGCACGUUAGGAGGAAUGCACAAUGAGUGUCAUGUCAAGGUUCAGCACACAUGGCCAUGUGGUCACAAAGAAAAUGUACUUUGUUACAAAACACAGUCCAGAUAUGCCUGUAUGCAGGUUUGUGGGACAAAACUUACGUGUGCUCAUUUAUGUUCUGGAAUUUGUGGCCAAUGCAAGUUACGAGGAAAACACGAUGAGUGUCAUGAACAGGUUUCGCACCAAUGGCCAUGUGGACAUAAAGAGCAGAUACUUUGCUACACGAAAACAUUAAACUAUCACUGCAAGCAAACUUGUGCUGCAAAACGUGACUGUGGCCAUGUGUGUCCUGGAGUAUGUGGUCAGUGCCAGUCAUCAGGGAAGCACAAUGACUGUUAUGUUCCAGUUAAGCAUCAAUGGCCUUGUGGGCAUACAAGUGAAGGACCUUGCUACGCAGUUCGAAUGAAGUCAGGCGUAUUUUCAAAGCCUAGCUGUACCUGCAAACAGAAGCAUUCUCAUUUGACUGAGAGAAACAUUCUAGGAGUUUUGCCCAAACCUGACAACUCAAAACAUCCUGCCGGGACACCGAUCCUAAAGUUUGAUGAACAUACUCG